AUGUUCAAGUUUCUCCCUGUACUUCUCUUUGCAAUUGUUGGCAUUGUCUUUGCCGAAAAAUACGACAACCCAGGCUACGGUGACUAUGGCAACAGCCAAUGUGCAAAAUGGUGUGCCGCAAACUUCCGCCACCCAGGCAAGACGUGUACAGCUCCGGCAGCAAAACGCAAAGGCCCUUGCUACGAUUGCGGACCGAAGAGCACCAACCGGGCCAAGAAGCUUUGCUAUGGGGUAUGCAAGGACACUCAGUCUGACAGCGCCAACUGUGGCAAGUGUGGUAAAUCUUGCCCAACGAAAACCCAUUGCGUCAAGGGGAAAUGUGUAUGUGAAAAUUCGAAUCAGCCCCAGUGCAAAGGCUUGUGCCCAGAUUACACGACGGACUCGGGCAAUUGUGGAAAAUGUGGUGUUGCUUGUAAAAAGGACGUCGAGAAGUGUGAAGGUGGAAAAUGCGUUCCCACCUGCCCGGCCGGCUCUUCCCAAUGUGGCUCCUCAUGUGUUGAUCUGAAGACGGAUCCUAACAACUGCGGUACAUGCGGCACUACUUGUCCCUCAGGCGAAUGCGAGAAUGGUGCAUGCGUAGCACCUGGAUGCGCAGGUCAGACAUGCGACACCUUCACAGCCUGUGGUCCUGGCGGCUCUUGCGCGACUGUCCUAGUGGUCAAGUCUGUAUUGUGGGCUCAUGCUGCACUCGGAACCAAGAUGAUUCUUAAGAAGGUUUCAGGUGAUACUGUUGGAAGUCGUGGUGGUAGUUGA